AAACCCAACUACACUCACUCUUAUAUUUUCUAUUUCAAUAUUCAUUUAAACCCAACACACACGUUUCAACCAUCUUCAUAAAAUUAACUCCAACCCCUUUUCUUCUUCCUUCUUUCUUUUUCUUUCCUUCUGUCAUCCCCAUCCUUUUCUUACUUGUAUUUCUAUAUAUUCAUAUUCAUCUCUAUCUAUCUAUAUUCUUCCUUAUUAUUUCCACCUUUUCUGCUCGAAUUCUGCAUAAUCGACGAACCACCAACAAACUACUUUGUUCUCUUAAUUCAACCAAAGAAGAAAAUUAAAGAACAGUGUUAUGGAAAUGAUGCCAUACCAGCUUUCCAGGUUACCUUACCAUGAUUCUCUCAAACUUCUGGAGGCUGAUAUACAACAUGCCAAUUCUUUGGCUGCAGCAAUUCCAAGAACAGAAGGUGGAACUGUUCUUCAAAUGAAAUUGGUUUAUAAUCACUUGGCUCCUUUAGUUCUCUUGUUUCUACAGUGGAUGGAUUGUUCCUGUGCUAGCUUUCUACACAGAUAUCUCAAUCUCUUCCACAUAGUUAUAUACAAGGUACACAAUGAUGGUAGAAACAUGUCUAGUCAUGGAAGGAAAGCUACCAUAGGGGACUUUUAUGCUGUUAUAUUGCCAUCUCUCCAGCGGCUUCAUGGUAGCUUGGAGAAGUUGGAGACUUCGAAAGAAGGCCAAUCAUCGAGCAUGGAACAUUCAAGUUAUGGCAAGAAGAUGAUUGUUGAAGGUGAUGGGAAACUAACCAAUGUUGACUUGCAAAGAGAGGAUGAAUGUGAUAUUUGCUUAGAGCCUUGCACCAAAAUGGUCCUGCCUAAUUGUUGCCAUGCCAUGUGUAUCCGAUGCUACCGCAAGUGGAACACUCGGUCGCAGUCUUGCCCUUUUUGCCGCGGUAGCUUGAGGAGGGUUAACUCUGAGGAUCUUUGGGUGCUAACUUGCAAUGAAGAUGUUGUUGAUGCUGAAACAGUUUCUAAGGAAGACUUGUGGCGUUUCUACCUUUAUAUCAAUAAGCUACCAAAACAUCACCCAGAAGCACUUUUUGUAAUGUACUAUGAGUAUCUCAUUUGAACUUUUAUAUACCAAUAAGAAGGAAUGAAAAGAAAUGUACAGAUUAGGAAAAAAUUACAAAUGUGAAUAGAGUCUGGUAAAAGAAAGAAAAUUGAUUCUCUAAUCAAUAUUUUAUCACAGCUUUGAUAAGAGAAAAAUUUCUGGUUUUUUAACCCAGAAAAAGAAACACUCUUAGUACUGUGAUAUUAUACAUUGUCUCCAUUAUAGAAAUAAAAAUGUUACAUUUAACUUGGGAGUCCUUA